UUUCACUGCGAGGACAGUGCUGCAGCCUGAUCUUCCUUGCACCCCAAGCGUGACUAAACACGGCUCCUCGGCUUCAAAGCGCUCUGGACAUACUAAUUAACUCCUGGUUAAUUGGAUGAAAUAACGUGAAGCUCUAGUGACAUCAUCUCCAUUCAGUGCCCAGAUCUGGCCACAAGCAGAGGCUGCCCCGGGACUUCCUGCAUGAUGUCAGCCGCCAGCCCCCAGCCCCCCCUUGAGGGCCCUGUCUGGGAUCUCCAUCUGUAAAAUGGAUCUAGGAACGGUGGUGCGCGCCGGCCGGCACCCACCGCAUCUGUGCAAGCCAUUGGCCGCGAGCGAGUGGGAGCGCAGCCGGGGCCCUUCACGUGGCGGCCGGCCGGGCCUGGAGGCUGUCCACGGCGGCAGCGCUGGGCGCGGGGAGCCCGGCCUUGAUUUCUCCAGCAGCCGCGCGGGGCGGGGCGAGAAGGGGCGGGCGAGCCGGGGCCACUGGCGGGAGAAUGCGAGGAAUGUGCCAGGCGCAUCUACCUACCCCAGGAGAGGGCAGGGGAAGGGGCCGGCCGAGGGGAGGGGCGAGGGGCGAGGCUCCGGGCGCCCGGAGAAAACCUGUUUGUUCUCCUGCAGCGAGAGCCCAGUCCGUGCCUCCUGCCGCCCCGCGCGCCCCGCCGCGCCCGCACCCGUGCCCGCCCGUGCUGCCCACCUGAGGGAGCCGCGCCCGCCCGAGCCGCAAGCCAGCCACCUGCGCCAGGCGGGCCGGUCCCCCUGUGCCGCCGGGUCUGGCUGCAAGACAGAGGUGCCUUGAUUGUUCCGAAGCAUCUGGGACCCAGGCUCUGAGAGUCGCCUGCCUGCCCAGCAGCCCCUCACCGUGUGUCCAUUAUAUAGGAACUUAUUGAGCCAAGUGCGCCUGGAGCCCAGCGGCAGAGCGAGCCAUGAGCAUUUCCGCCCUUGGAGGAGGCAGCCCCAAAGGGAAGCCUCUGCUUCCCGGAGAGGAGGAGCGCAACAACGUCCUGAAGCAGAUGAAGGUGCGGACCACGCUCAAGGGGGACAAGAGCUGGAUCACCAAGCAGGACGAGUCCGACGGCCGCACCCUAGAGCUGCCUUCUCGCCGGAGUCGGACCACAUCCUUUUCGUCAGCGGGGGAGGUCAUGAAGGCCAGGUCCCCGAGCACCAAGGCUCCUGCCGGCUAUAUCAUUCGAGGAGUGUUCACUAAGCCCAUAGACAGCUCGUCCCAGCCUCAGACUCACUUCUCGAAGAUCAAUGGAGCGCCCAAGAGUAGCGCCGGAUCCCCACGCCUGUCUUCUUCCGGCUACAAGAUGACCACGGAGGACUACAAGAAGCUGGCACCCUACAACAUCAGGCGCAGCUCCACAUCGGGGGACACUGAGGAGGAGGAGGUGCCUUUCUCCCCUGAUGAGCAGAAACGCAGGUCGGACGCUGCCAGCAGCGUGCUGAGGAAGACUGCACCCCGGGAGCAUUCGUAUGUUCUGUCAGCGGCCAAGAAGAGCAGCGGCUCUACGCCGGAGACGCAGGCCCCGUUUAUCGCCAAGAGAGUUGAGGUGGUGGAUGAGGACGGGUCUUCCGAGAAGAGACGGGAGCUACCUUCACCCACAAGCUCCACUCCGGGCUCGAGCAGUGUGGAUGGAGUCAGAGCCAGGGUGUCGCGGGCUAUUUGGAUUGAACACCCGCCCAGCCUGCCGGGCCUGGCCUGCCCCUCCGGGAGCCGGGAACCCAGCAAUGCCAGAGGAGAGGAGAUUGUCCGCCUGCAGAUCACUACCCAGGAAGGAAUGAGACCAUCCCUUGUCCCCUUGAAGAAGGUGCCCCAGAAGGAAUUGGCCGGUGAGGACUUCCCGAGUGUGAAAGCAGAGCCUGAGAGGCUGUGCUCAGCUGCUGGCUUCACCUCUCUCUUGGAUAACCAGGACGCACAUGGUGCCAACUCUCAGCUCCGCAGGCCUGGGCCAGUGACUACAAGUUCUGAUGCCACCGGGACCUCUGCCAUCCAUCCAUCUUCUGAUGGGAAGAGUGACCGCCCAGCUGAUCUGGAGGAAGUAGAGGCAAAGGAGAAAGGAGUUAUCGCGAUGUAUGGGGGAAGCCUGGUAAUACUGCGCGAGAAAAGGGGGCGGCUGCAGAGCAAUUACACCUGUUCUCCAGGGGGCGGGGAGCUAGACGCCAUCACUUCCGCCCAGGCGAGGUGGGAGCGCGCGUGCGCGCCCUUCUCUGGGCGACCCCCGGAUCUAGCUGAGUGCGCCUGUGCGGCCCGCCAUGUCCUGCAGCCCGGAGCUCGGGCUGCAAAGCAUCUCGGGAGAUGCGCCCGUCCACAAGGCGAAAUGGCUGCCCCGGCUGCGAAGCGCCUCGGUGCUGCUCGCCCGCGGCCAAGCCGGCUUCGGCCUGCAGGUGGCGCGCGAGGAUCGCAAAUGGACCGCCGCCUCGCCAUCAGUUCUCGGCGCCUCUGGGUCCCGCUGCCCUUCCGCAUCAUCCAGUGGGCAGCAGUGGCGCACGCCUUGACUGGUUCUGAGGAGAAGAAGGUGGCCAGCAAAGUGGAAGAGGCCUGGCAGGAGAGGCCCAAAGCCCCAAGAGAUGGCCAAGGAGACGCAGAUGCACCCACCCCGAAGCUUGUGGACCUCAGUACUGCAGAGCAGCAGAGCGGAGGAACUGAGAAGCUGGUGGAACUAGACAGCAAGGCCAGCAGUGCGUUGGUGGGUUCGGACACAAAGAUGGUAACCAAGGUAGGAGAGACCUGGCAGGAGAGGCCUGGGAGCACCAGAGAUGACCGUGGCUGCACCAGCCAUCAGCCUGACGACUCCAGCGACAUGCAGGCACAGACCCAUAGCAGCACUGAAGUAUUUGAGCAGCUGGUGGAACUGGACAAUAGAGCCAGUGGGACAAAACCACCGUCAAGCUGCAUGGUGACCGUGACCAUGUCUGCCGCAGCAGAGCAGCCUCACGCUUAUACUCCAGGGUCCCCAAGUGAGCUGGAGUCUGGUUCAGCCAGCAAAGGGAUUCUGUUUGUGAAGGAAUACACGAAUGCCAGCGAGGUGUCUUCUAGGAAGCCGGGUGCGUCACUCUACAGCAGCUGCAGUGGCGCUGAUAGCGGGGAUGCAUUCAGCAAAGAGAAGAAAGCUCCAUACAGUAGCACUUCAUACCCCGAGAGAACAACUGGAGGAAUAUGCACUUACUGCAGUCGGGAGAUCCGAGACUGCCCAAAGAUCACCCUAGACCAUCUUGGCAUCUGUUGCCAUGACUAUUGCUUUAAGUGUGGGAUUUGCAAUAAACCUAUGGGUGAGCUUCUGGAUCAGAUCUUCGUUCACCGGGAUACCAUCCACUGUGAGAAAUGCUAUGAGAAGCUCUUCUAGACUGAGAAGAUGCUGAAGACUCCUGGACAAGCUUGGCUGUCCUGAUCCCCAUUUCUGAUUCCCCAUCUCCCCUCUCAUUCAAUUUUUUCAUGCUUUUGUCCUGACCUUGAACUUGCUUACACCCAGUAGCUAUGAAAAUUUACUUGUGUGUAGUUUUUCAAAGCUUAGAAACUACUUCUUAUCCAUGAUCUAAUUGCAGGCUUGAGCAAAGCAGAUUGAGCAGGAAUCCCAGCGUGGCUUCCCUAGGACAGAUUGAC